GGGUUUACAUUGUUUGGAGGAGGGUUUUUGCUGCUCUUCUCACCUCCAUUGUAGUCUUUCUACUACCAACCAACCACAACCAACCACACUACAAACCUCUCUCUCUCUCUCUCUCUCUAGCCGCAGUCAAAUUUCGUCUUCUUCGAGCUUCAGUCUCUGGUUUUUUUGGGUUCAUAACCUCACCAAAAGAGAACCAAAACAAUGGCCACACUCGUCCCUCCCACUGCCACAACCACAACUCCGCCGGCUGUGAUCCCGCCGGAGAAAGUCGAUUACUUGAACCUGCCUUGCCCUAUUCCCUACGAAGAAAUCAACCGCGAAGCACUCAUGUCCUUAAAGCCAGAAUUGUUUGAGGGAAUGCGCUUUGAUUUUACCAAAGGACUUAAUCAGAGAUUUUCACUCAGUCACAGUGUGUUCAUGGGACCUACUGAAAUUCCUUCUCAGUCUUCUGAAACCAUUAAGAUUCCCACUGCUCACUAUGAAUUUGGUGCUAACUUUAUAGACCCAAAGCUGAUGCUUUUUGGUAGAAUAUUAACUGAUGGGAGGCUGAAUGCAAGACUAAAGUGUGAUUUGUCUGAAAAUCUUGCUUUGAAGGCCAAUGCUCAACUUACAAAUGAACCACAUAUGUCACAAGGCAUGUUCAAUUUUGAUUACAAGGGUAAGGAUUACAGGACACAAUUUCAACUAGGAAAUGGUGCCUUAUUUGGAGCCAAUUAUAUGCAGGUACAAAUCUCUCCCCCCUUCCCCUCUUGAUGACCAGGGUUGUUG